AUGUACUGUACUGCCAGAUUAUCAUGUACAUUGUCUCAAAGCAAAGAGGAGGCAAUCUUGUCCUGGUCUGUAAACGGGAAUGCUGUGUCUGGUCCUGAGGUCUUGGUAAGUCAGAUCAAUCCUGUUCUAGAGGAAGCAGGGGGUACACACUCCAGUAUAUAUAUCAGGUCUGUUGGGAUGGAUUACGCGGGAAAAUGGUCUUGCCGCGCUCUUCUUCAGUCAGGAUAUAGUGAAGAAAGAUCCGUCCUGGUUCAAAUUAUGUCUCCAGGUACUAUCCUGUGUCCCUGGAGUACUACUAAGUCUAGUAAGGGAGUGUAUAACUGGCCUGUAACCCUGGCCGGUCAAUCUUCUACCUUGGACUGUACCAAGGGGGAGGAGACAACUUCUAAGAUUGUUCACUUCUGUGAUGAUGAAGGACAUUGGACAGGACUGAACGAAUCAGAGUGCCGACAUACUAAUGACGUCACAGACAAACUUUCAAGAUUUUCAACAAUGAAUCAUUCAAGAUUUGAUCCGGUCACACUUGAUCAAGCUGCAGAGAAAUUACUGGAGUUUACAUCCAACCCUGAUAUAUUCUUGGACUCGCAGGAUAUUGUAUACUUAACAAAGGUAGACAGACAGACAGACAGACAGACAGACACACAGGCAAAUAAGCAGAUAAACACAUACAUAUCUAUAUAUAUAUAUCCAUAGACACAGUGUUUCGUCCUAUAAGGACUCAUCAGUAUGGCUCUAUUAUCAGAUUUUGAUUUUGCAGUUGAUUGGGCUUGAACCAUGAAUCCUUAGAUUAUGAAUCAAACACCCUAACCACUGCUCCAUCAAAUCCUAAUGAUUUGGUAAUGAAAUAGGGACCAGAGAGCUCAACCAACUCAUUAUAAGUUGAGGGCCUUGCAUUCAUUACCACAGAGAACUCAAGUUUAGCGGACUAAACGAGUAUAUAUAUCCAUAGACACAGUGUUUCGUCCUAUUAGGACUCAUCAGUAUGGCUCUAAUCAUCAGAUUUCUUGU